GUGAGGCCCAUUGGACCAUUAAUAGUUGGGCUGAAACGGGAUUACGGUGGACGUGCGGACCAUAUUGAUUGGGCCGAAACGCGGAAUCGUACGGCCCAAAAUAGUUGGGCCGGAAAUGCUCCAUGGUGAUUUGUUACUGACACUUCUCGAAGUUUCCAGUGGUUUACGCCACUGCACAAAGCAGCCGUACCCGCCGGCCGCCGCCGGAUCGCCGACUUUGCACGGGGAACUCGCCGUCCCGGCCUCACUCGGCCAGCCAUGGAGCUCGACCUCCCGCCGAAGCAACAAGCCCCGCCGCUCGCCGACCUCGCCGUUGCCAUCCACCGGGCCGCCGAGGCCACCGCCGCGCUCUCCGCACCCUCCUCCUCUUCCCAAGCCGCCGCCGCCGCGGUGGUCGCCCUCCGUGACGCCCACGCCGCUAUAGGCGGCUUCCUCUAUCGCCUCGACGUCUCAGUCCCUGCCUCUUCUUCGUCCAGCGACGAUCAGCCGAUGGCGGACGGCUGCGAGGAGGAGGGGGAGGGGGAGCAGCAGAUGGUAGAGGAGGUGGAGGAGGGUCUCCGGGAGUGCGCCCUGCAGGGGAGCAAGCGGCGGAAGCGGCCUGUGCCGCCGUCGUGGCCCCUAGGGCGCCGCUCGAGUGGCGGUUGCGUGGUGCCGGAGGCCGCGCCGGCUCCUCUGGACGUGGAGGGGCGGCGGCGCGCUGCCAUGGAUCUCUUGCUACAGUUCCAUGGGUAGGAUGAGUGCAGGGUUCAUUGGCACAAUACGAACGAAAUGAUGAGGCGCCUACUGAAUAGUCCAUACCAAGUUUGUAGGUCAUACACUCGUGCUGUUCUUCACGAAGAUAUACACAAACAUAUCAAACAAACCACAAGCAAAUAGGUGAAAUCACCAACCUUCCCAAUACUGAGGCAGCUAGAAAUCAACACUUCAGCAGUGAGUGUGAGACAGAGCUAGUAUCAAGCAGUACUCAUCAACAUAAUGAGCCACUUAGCCUUACAGAUUGUGUUAUUUCCCAAAAAAUAAAAAGUGAGAUGAAAGACUCAGAUUUGAGUCCCAAGAUUGUUUUGUUUUUCAGUAAAUGGGCUGAAUCAUUUGUCUCCUCAGGCGUUAAUUCGUUAUCCCCUGUACCUCCUACGCCACCAGUCUUAUGAGUGGAUUGACAGUUGCUUGCUCAAACAUGUUCCUGGAAGGUAUUUAUUUUACAUCUAAUAUUUUUUAUUUGGGGUUCA